AGUAUGGCAAGGGAGCGGGGCGAACGGAGAAAGACGACUCUCCGAUGUCGGUGUGCGAGGCUCCUGCGGGGUUUCCUGAACUGAACGGGUCGACGGGCUUAGUUAACUGAGGAGUUCAGGAAUCGCAAAGGUGCAACAAUAGCUUUUCUAUGAUAGACUGAACACUUCACAGUCUUAUGUUUUACUGGCAAGUCCACUAUGGAUUACAAGUAACUUACCUUUUAGUGUCACUUGAAGCGUGGAUGAUACGUUUCAACGUGUUUGCUGGGAGAAAAAAGAAUAAAGUUCUGUUUUGUACGUCUACCUAAGAACCUCUGCACUUACUCGCGGCGCAGUAGCCUAUAGGCUGCUAGGCGACACUUCCUACAGGUGUUGACGUCUGGACUUUUACACUCCUGGGUCGCUUCUCGUCCCUUCUUAUCCGGGCUGAACCGAAAACCAUUCCAGCUAUGGAGCUAUCACCGAGGAACGCCAGGCAGCGGCGGCGGCGAGAAGCCAGUAAAAACUCAACAUAUCCCGAGAAGGGAACGGCACUAAAGACAUCACCGGUUCGGAUGGCCGCUCUUUUCUGGUUUGGCAUUCUUUGCACCAAAGUUCUCUGCAUCCAGGCGGCUGCCAUCUACUUCUCCAAGGAGCCCAAGUCCCAGGAUGCUUUGCACGGACGCAGCGCCAUGCUUCGCUGUGAGGUGAGCGGCGUGGCAGACGUGACCUACAGCUGGCUGCACAACGGCGAGCCCGUGCUCGACUCGGACCGUCGCUUCCAGGAGGGUAACAACCUCAAGUUCACCGCUGUCGACCGUCACCUGGACGCUGGCAGCUUCCAGUGUGUGGCCCUGGACGCUGCGUCGGGAGAGAAAGCCCACUCCAACAACGCCUCCUUCAACAUCAAAUGGUUGGAAAGUGGAGGAGUAACCCUGAAAGAGCCUGCCUCCGAGGCUGAUAUUGAGAGUUCCCAGCCAGUCACGUUACGGUGCCACAUUGAUGGACACCCUCGACCCACCUGCAAGUGGUACAAAGAUGGCGUCCAGCAGACGGACAAGACCCACCAAAUCAACAGUAAGGAGCGCACGCUGACCCUGAGGAGCGCCAGCCCAGACGACAACGGCAUUUACUACUGCUGUGCCCGCAACGCCGCCGGACAAGUCUGCAGUAACAGCAACUUCACCCUCAACAUCAUAGAUAAGAGCUUCCCACGCGUAUUGGUCUCUCCUGAAGACCAGGCAGUCCUGCGGAACGGAGAAGCCAUCUUCCACUGCCAGUUCACAGCGGACCCUCCUCCCAUAGUUGAGUGGUUCCACGAGUCCGAACCCGUGGUCAACAAAACUCGGUUGGUGGUCUAUAGCAAUGGCACCCUGCACAUCAUCCAGGUGAAGGUGAAAAGCACAGGCACUUACAGGUGUGUGGGCCACGGAGCCACUGGCCGAAACGUCACUGUACAGGCAACCCUGAGUCUAGCAGAGAUUCAGGACCUGGGCCCCAGCCAGGACCAUGUGUUUACCGCCAACUCCCAGGUGCGCAUCAUCUGCCAGGCAGAGGGCACACCAGAGCCCGAGGUCCGCUGGGAGGUGCCCGGCGGGCAGCCGGCCGAAACCGAGGGACGCAUCUUCCAGGACGGCAGAGCCCUCAUGUUCAAUCCCACGCAACAGGGCGACUCGGGCGCCUACGUCUGCUUGGCCAGCAACAAGGCGGGCAGGAAGACCCAGGAGCACAGAGUCACCGUGGCCUCGGUUCCUGAAUGGGUGACUUCGCCCGAGGACACCAGCUUGAGGGAGGGCCAGCCCGGCUUCCUGCACUGCCACGCUCAGGCCACACCCACUCCCGAGGUCAUCUGGUAUCGCAACGGCAUGGUCAUCACCCCAGAGGAUUCACGAUUCAUGCUCUUUUCUAAUGGAACCCUGCGGAUUAACAAUGUGGAGGUGUAUGACGGCGUCAUGUACGGCUGCCAGACUAAGAACAUCGGAGGACAACUCAGUGGACAGGCCAAGGUCAAAGUCUUAGAGAAGCUCAAGUUCACGCCUGCCCCACAGCACCAGUGCCUGGAGCUGGAGGAGAUCAGCGUCCAGUGCUCUGCCACAGGCGAGGAUGUGCCCAGUGUUCUCUGGACCCAAAGCAGGUCAUGAGUUGCCCCCCUCGCAUUGAGCAGAAGGAACGGUGUGCUGCGCUUCAGUAAGGUGACCCUUGAGGAUGCAGGCAACUACACGUGCUUGGCCUCCAACCGCCUGCAGGGGGAGAUCAGAGCCUACGUCUCCUUCACUGUGGGAGUGUCCAUCCAGUUCAAGAUGAACCCUGAGUACACCACCGUGUACCAGGGUCACACGGCCAUCCUGCACUGCCAGGCCACCGGAGACCCCGAGCCCAGCCUCCAGUGGAUGGUCAAGGACAAGAUGCUCGCAGCCAGUAAUGGAAGGUUUCAGGUCAUGCUGAAUGGCUCUCUGGUCAUCUCUGACGUUACUACAGAUGACACCGGCAAAUACACAUGCGUGGCUGGAAACAGUUGUGGUAUCAGUGACAGCUCAGCACAGCUUUACGUUGUCGAGAAGCCAGUGAACCCCCCACCAGAGGAAGAGGACAGAGCCCCUUAUAAGAUGAUCCAGACCAUCGGGCUGUCGGUGGGGGCGGCGGUGGCCUACAUCAUCGCCGUGCUGGGCCUCAUGUUCUACUGCAAGCAGAGGCGCAACGCCAAGAGGCUGCUGAAGGGACAGCAUGGAGACGAGCCAGAGAUGGAGUGCCUCAAUGGUGGUGCUGUGCAGCAGAAUGGGCAGACCACAGCAGAGAUUCAGGAGGAGGUGGCCCUGACCAAUGUGGGCACCACGGCAACAGCUGAGAAGCGCCACAGCACCAAUGACAAGCUGCAUUUCCCCCGAGCAGACCUGCAGACAAUCACCACUUUAGGGAAGGGUGAGUUUGGCGAGGUGCUGCUGGCCAAGGCGAAGGGCAUCGAGGAGGGCGAGGAGGAGACAGUGGUGCUGGUGAAGAGCCUGCAGGCGCGCGACGAGCACCUGCAGCAGGAGUUCCGCCGCGAGGCCGACAUGUUCGCCAAGCUCAGCCACCCCAACGUGGUGCGGCUCCUAGGCCUGUGCCGCGACACCGACCCCCACUACAUCAUCCUGGAGUACGUGGAUCUGGGGGAUCUCAAACAGUUCCUCAGAAUAUCCAAGAGCAAAGAUGAGAAGAUCAAGCCCCAGCCUAUCAGCACCAAAACCAAGGCAAGCAUCUGUGCCCAGGUGGCCAGUGCCAUGGAGCACCUGUCCAGCCAGAGGUUUGUUCACAGAGACCUGGCCGCCAGGAACUGCCUGAUCAGUGGCCAGAGGCACGUCAAGGUGUCUGCUCUCGGCCUAAGCAAAGAUGUCUACAACAGUGAGUACUACCACUACCGGCAGGUGUUGAUCCCAUUGCGCUGGAUGCCUACUGAGGCCGUGUUUGAGGAUGAUUUCUCCACCAAGUCAGAUGUCUGGGCCUUCGGUGUGCUCAUGUGGGAAGUGUUCAGCCAUGGAGAGCUGCCUUACACUAAACUCAGUGAUGAUGAGGUCUUGGAAGGCCUGCAGGGUGGUAAGGUGAAGCUGCCAGCGCCGGACGGCUGCCCCUCCAAAGUCUCCAAGCUGAUGGGCCGCUGCUGGGCAACCAGCCCCAAAGAGAGGCCCUCCUUCAGUGACCUGGCCCAGGCCCUCACCGAGCUGCCCUCCGACAGCAAAGUCUGAAGGACUCCGCACAACACACACACCUCGUGCAAUCCUUUGUGACCCCCCCCCCGCCCGCCCGCCCGCUUGCCCCACCUCACCCCUCUUCUUCUUCAAGCCUCAGCCCCCCCUGCCCCCAAAGGAGCUCCCAGAACCACCUGCCUGCCCGCACAAUCACAGACAUGCUGGAUGCAGAACUGAGUCUGACACAUUUCAGGGGGAGGAGAGGAGAGAGUGGGCUAUCGGAUUGGAAAAAGAGACUUUUUUGUAUUGACGGACGUGUGUGUGUGUGUGUAUGUAUGUAUGUAUGUAUGUAUAUGCACAUGUGUGUGUAUGUACGUGAAAAAGGACUCAGACCCCAGGGAGCUUUUAUUUUGUUGUUUGUUUUGCCUUAAUCGUGGCCAAGGCUGUUUGCACUCGUCCACAGAGUUUCCCAUCCCAUCCACCCACUUAGGUGCUUCUUUACCUCCCUAGCCUUCUCUGUCUCUCCCUCACUUUCUCUCUUUUUCUCUUACUCACUGUCUUUCUGUCUCUCCUCUUUUUCUCUUCCUCUGGGACCCUGGGAACUGCCCUUCUCCGUGGACGAAUAUGGGAAUAGAAACCCUCAUCUCCAACCUUAGCCUUCCUCCUCUGCUGUUUAGGAGGGGGAAGAGCCCAAUGCAAUCAGGAGAGAGAGACACUUGAGCUGAUGUCACCAUGCUGGACUCCCUUUUGUUUCUCUUUGUUAUUUUAAUGCCUCUGGUCUCAUCUGGACUUGAAUUUGCUACCGGCGUCCUUGUGUGCAGAAUCUGGUUUUAUUUACAAACCAUUUACUUGGGAGAUGAAGAUUUAGGGUACAAGUUGUUGAUAAAAAAAAGGAAGAAAGGUUUGCAUGAAGGGUUGAUGUCUGUUACUUCUGGGUCAGAACUAUUCUUUAUCAGGACCAGCAGUGUGCUGCCUGCCCUAGGAAACAUUAAGAGGAAAAACGGUCAGAGGCAAGGUGUGUGUGUGUGUGUAUGUGUGUGUGUGUUUUAAAGAGAUUCAGUUAUGAUUGUACUGUUCAUCUUUAAAUAUAUCUUCGCGGUGCUCUCAGAGACCACGGUUGCCAAUGGUAACGCCACCCAGCAUCUCAGCGCAUGGCCGACUAUGAGCCUCCGAUUCUGGAGCUCUGCCUCCUAACUUUUAGCUGACUGGACAACAGGUGGACACAUAUACUCUCCCCUGAUGCUGGUGUGGUCCGAAACCCCGGAUCUCCUCCACUGUGUGGACCCCUCCACAUGUCAAAGCCUAGUAGAAAUAUUCACCCAAAAUCUGCACUAACCCCAUCAACACACUUCAGAUUUCUCUUAUUUUUAUAAUGUUGUAUUGUAGAAGGAUAUGCAGGCAGCCUUGUAUUUAUCAUGAAGGUCCUGUGUUUUAUAUCUUUUUUUAUUUGUUUGCUUUUAUUAUUUUUCUGUCAAUGGAAAGGUACUCUGUGAUGUUUUUUUUAAUAUACAGAUUCACAUACGUACAUACGGCUCUUGUCCUGUCCCUUGGAAGAAAGUGCAGAUUGUGUUCAAAAAUGUUACAGCUGAAACAUCAGUAUAAAAAGAGUGCUACUAGUCCAUCAGAAACAGAGAGACCAAAUGUCACCAUCACUCAACAGAUUCUAAGUGCCUAGAAAAAAAAAUGAAGGAUUCUCUGCAUUUUCUUAUUAUAUCUUUAUCAAACAUCAGUGGCCUCAUUGUCUGUGAGGACCAUUUUGUAUAUCCUUUUUGUAUUUGUUUUAAUAUUUUUUUAAGUUCAGAAAUGGUCCUUAUUUUAUUCUGUAUUAAUACAAGGCUCUUACAGGUUGGCCUUUUUUAAUGUGCUUUUGCAAACAGUCACAGUAAUCAACAUGUAUACUUGCUGCUCUCAUUAAAGGCACUCACUUGUAGA